AUGCCAGAGGCCAUGCAACGAGAAUUAUCCUCCACGUUUCUCUUAACAAAGAGAAGGGACUUGUCAGAGAGCCCUGGUCAACCUGGGCGAGGUGAUGAGGACUUCUUCCCCUCUCUGAAAACACGAAUACAUAAGAGCACAGGCAAAGAAAAUAAAAUCACCAUUACUAAUGACAAAGGCUGUCUUAGCAAAGAGGAAAUUGAAAAAAUGGUCAGUGAUGCUGAGAAGUACCGACAGGAUGAUGAAAAGCAAAAAGAUCGCAUUGCUGCUAAGAAUGGCUUGGAGAGUUAUGCUUUCAACAUGAAAUCGACUGUUGAAGAUGAAAAAGUAAAGGACAAGAUAUCUGAAGAAGAUAAAAAAUCAAUAAUUGACAAAUGCCAAGAGGUUAUUACUUGGCUUGAUCAGAAUCAAUUGGCUAAAAAGGAUGAAUUUGAGGCUAAGCAAAAGGAAAUUGAAAAAGUUUGUAACCCAAUUAUUACCAAACUGUAUUCUGGUGCUGGUGGUAUGCCUGGAGGUAUGCCUGGUGGUAUGCCAAGUGGAAUGCCAAACUUUGGUGGCUCAGCCGGUGAAUCGACAGGACAAAGUAGUGGACCAACAAUUGAAGAAGUUGACUAAAUCACUUAACCUGUACCUACCUCCUAAUCAUUUGAUUUGUUUUUUUUUUUA